UUUUUUGAAAAAAUCUUAAUAAUGUAGGAGAAUAAAAGAAAUGUUUUUCCAAAAAAGAGAAAUCAUUGUGAUUAUUUUACCUUAUUGGAAUAUUGGAUAAUAUAGCCCACUUCAUUAAUCAUCAAACAUGCUAUGGAUUUUCCAUUUUUAUAGGAUUUGUCUCAAUUGAGGUAAUACUGGUAAUUCUUGUACUCCAUCUGAAGAUGAAAAAUGUAGGCCAAAAUCAUAGACCAGGCAUAGAAGCUGGAUAAUGAAGAGAGCUGUGGAGGAACAUGUAGACACACACACACACACUGACACACAUAUAUUUAGAGUAUAAACACAUAUACUUUUUAAAGUUUAUUUGGAACGUUUUAAAGCAAAAGCCAGCCACCCCCCGUCCUCCCAGAGUAGGCAGGCCCCGCCCCUCUCCCCAAGUGGGCGGGGACAGCAGUUGCAUGGGCAGCUUUCCUUGUGAUGCCACAGGUUCCUCUGGCCUCACUGCUGCUUGGCCACGCCUCCUUUCCCUUUCAUCUUUCUCAUUGACCAAUGGGCUUGGAGAAUUAAGGCCACGCCCCCAUUCUGCAUUCUAGUGGGGCCCUGGUUACGCCUCCUCUGGCUCAGUCACACAGCCGCCUGGUAGGUGACUGGAGGUGUUCGCUGAUGUGGCCCCAACCCUGCCUCCCUCCCCACCCCGUGAUGUUAGAAGAGACUCAACGGAGUCAAUUGGCAGCAGCCAAGAAAAAGCUAAAAGAAUAUCAGCAGAGGAACAGCCCUGGUGUUCCGCCAGGAGCGAAGACAAAAAAGAAGAAAACUGGCAGUAGCCCUGAGACAACCACUUCUGGUGGUUGCCACUCACCUGGGGCUAUUCAGGACAUUCUGAAGGUGAUGGUGUCCAACCUUAACCAUUCCAGUGGGGUAGCGCUCCCCCAUUGCACAGGUGGAAGAUGCGGUUUAACCAUGUCAGCCAUGCUGGUCAAACAACAGAAGAAACAAGUGGAACAUCAGCUGGAAGAAGAAAAGAAAGCAAACAAUGAAAUACACAAAGCACAAACGGAGCAGUUAGAGACAAUCAACAUCCUCACGCUGGAAAAGGCAGACUUGAAGACCACCCUUUACCAUACUAAACGUGCCGCCAGACACUUCGAAGAAGAGUCCAAGGAUCUGGCCGGCCGCCUGCAAUACUCUUUACAGCGUAUUCAAGAAUUGGGGCGGGCUCUCUCUGCUGGUUCUACACAGCAGCAGGAAGAGGACAGGUCCUCAAGCCGCAGUGAAGCAGUCCUCCAGCGGCAGUUAUGGCAGACCAGAAAGGAGCGGGCGCUGCUGAACGCACACGUGACACAGGUGACAGAGUCACUUAAACAAGUCCAGCCAGAGAGACAUGAAUAUGCUCAACAUAUAAAAGGAGAGAGGGCCCGGUGGCAGGAGAGGAUGCGGAAAAUGUUGAUGGAGGCUCACGCAUUGAAGGAGGAGAAGAAGCGUGACAUACAUCGGAUACAGGAGCUGGAGAGGAGCUUCUCCGAACUCAAACACCAGAUAGCUGAGCCCCCGUCCCCGGUGGAUCCAGCAGGGACAUCUGAGGUGGAACAGCUACAAGAUGAGGCCAAACAUCUGAGGAAGGAGGUGGAAAGUCUGGAGGGAAAGCUCCAAUUCCAGAUGGAAAACAAUCAGGCCUUGAGUCUCCUGAGCAAGGAACAAAAGGAGAGGCUCCAGGAGCAGGAGGAGAGGCUCCGAGAGCAGCAGGAGAGGCUUCAAAAGCAGGAGGAGAGGAGGUUGUGGGAGGAGGAGAGACUAUGUGAGCAAAAGGAGAGGCUUCGGGAGAAGCAGAAGAGGCUGGGGGAGCAGGGUGAGAGGCUACGGAAGCAGGAGGAGAGGCUGCGAAAGGAGGAGGAGAGGCUACAAAAGCAGGAAGAGAGGCUGUGGGAGAAGGAGGAGAGGCUACGAAAACAGGAGAAGAGGCUGCAAAUGCAGGAGGAGAGGCUCACGCUCUCCCAGAACCACAAGUUCAACAAGCAGCUGGCCGAGCCACAGUGCAGCUUUGAGGAUCUGAACAACAAGAACAAAAGCGCACUGCAGUUGGAGCAGCAAGUAAAGGAGCUGCAGGAGAAGCUGAGCAAGGAGUGCCUAGAAGCUGCCAGCCAGCAGAACCAACAGCUAGAGACCCAGUCGAGUCUCAUGGCUCUCCCUGGACAAGGAGAUGGAGGAGGACAUCUAGACACUGAGGAGGAGGGGGUGCCUCGGCCUAUGCCGAGCAUCCCAGAGGACCUAGAGAGCCGGGAAGCCAUGAGUGGCUUUAUGGACCUCCCGAGGGAGAAGGUGGACGGGAAGCAGCAGGUGGUGAAACUAGAGCUUGGAUUCAUCCAGCUCUCUGGAGCGACAGAUGGCAUGAGAGAGCACAUCACGGUAUGUGAGAUCCAGGGGGCAGGGCCAAACACGCAGCACAAGGAGAAGGAAGCCAGCAGGCUGGCCCAGAAGGAGGAGGAGAUGAAGGUGAAGCUGCUGGAGCUGCAAGAUAUGGUGUUGCCAGUUGUGGGCGACCACGAGGGGCAUGACAAAUUCCUCCCUGCUGCCCAGAACCCUCUUGAUGAGCCCGCUCCAGGGGCCCCAGCCCCCCAGGAACUUGCAGCUGCAGAGGAGCAGAGUGAUUUUCAGGACAGCGUGGAGCCUGCACCGGGAGAGGCCAGGGAGGGUUCUCCCCAUGACAACCCCACUGCACAGAAGAUCCUGCAGCUGCUUCCUGUAACGCAGGACACCCAGGAGCACCUAGGCUUGGCCACCAAACCCUGCGUGCCAUUCUUUUACCGGGCAGCCGAGAACAGAGAGAUAAACAUCAUCAUUAUCUGAGAGCUGGUCAAGAAAUUUAACAACAACAACAACAAAAAGUUAUGGGGUUAAUCCCCUACACAAUUCAUCUACUUCAUUGGAAUGUUAGAGCCCCUCAUGUUUGUGUUUCUAAUUUACAGUUUAAAUUUCUUUCUGAAAAGUUAAAGGAGAGUGGGUCUUUCCCUGAUGUUCACUCUGGCAUCCGUCAGCAUUUUUGUUUUUAAUUGAUAAUUGUAGGUCAUUAGCUCGCAUAUCAAGUUUGCCCUUACAUGGUGGGAGUUCAAACACACAAAGACCCACUAUUUGCACAAAACUAUUCUUACUGGUUCGGAAUAGGCUGCCCUGCUUUUUAAAUGUUAUUGCAGCGUGUAUAUUCAUUACAGAAUUCAUAUAAAAUCUGCUUAUGUUCUGCUAUUAUGUUUGAUCGAUUCCUAAUCACAGUGAGCUCUUCAUUAGCUCAAUAUGUGGUUUGCCCUCAAGUGCGCACUGUUGAUUACUUUGUAAUACGCCACUGUGAGUACCGACAUUUAGAGUUGUUUAAAGGUCGAGAACUGGAAACAGCUUUUCCCCUAUUUUCUGUGUAUUGGGGAUGGGAGUAGUAACAUUUUGGGGAGCUUUUUAAAUCUCACAGAAGAGGAAAGUGGCCUGCUCUGGCCGGUGUGUGCACGAUAGAGUGUGUUUCAUUUGUUCUGGUGCCAGGAAUGAGCGCGGUACUAUGGUAGUUCCCUUAGGAUUUGUAUGUGCUCUGGGCUCAUGAAGAUAUUGCAGCAUGAGCUGCAGCGGUUGGACUCUUUCUCAAUGACCUAAAAAGGGAUUCUUUCUGAGGAAUGAAAGGCUCCCAUCAUUGACUGUGGAUGCGGAAAACCUUUUCUAGCUUAGAGCAUUUAUAUCUACAAUACAUUUUAAAGUCAGAGUUCAUGUUACCUGUCUUAAUCACAUGACUACAUGUCCCAGUACACAAAAGGGCACUGCUUGGCAUUCUUCUUAGUGUAUUUAGUGAAGAUCAUAAGAAAUCCUUUCAGAGUUUAAAUGUCCUUGGAACAGGCAUACAGGCUCUAGUCAAGAAUGAAUUCGAGUGAAGGAAAGCUGUGUGAUACCUGGCAUUCCUCUAUAUUCACGGAGGUUCUUUGAGGCUAGAAGACUGAUUUUACCAUCUAGACCUCUCUGGCUAAUACCUAUUCUUCAGCCACAUUGGUUAAUCUGACAUAGGAAUUUACUUCUUUUCCUUGAAUGGAAAACACAUUAAAAAUAAUAACAACCAUUUUAAUAAACUAAUACAUGUGAGAGUAUUCGUUGAAACAAAAAGCAGUUUUAGUGGACAGUGUUAUACUACAUUUGAGAAUCAAGGAGAAGUUUAUGCAACUUAAAAUAUUUACAAACUGCAAUGCAAUCUACUGUUUGUGAAUGUCAAAGUAUUAUGAGUAAAAGUAUCUAUACAAUCACAGAGUUAUAUUUCCUCACAAAGUUCUUUACGAAGAGUGAAAUAUGUUUUUGUACCUCUUGGUUUCAGUUAGAGGCAUAUUUUGUGCCAUAUUUAUGUUAUGUGCCUAUACAGGAUGAAUGAAUUAUUUCAGUCAUACGUUGCCUAAAUCAUAACUUCAUGAUGCUUGGGAAAGAAUCAACAGUUAAAAAUUCAUGAAGUUCUAAUGUGUGUGUUCCAAAAUACGUCACAGUAUUAGGAUGUAGGGAGAGAUGUAUGUGCGCUCCCUAGGGUGCGCAAUUCUAGUUAGUAGACCAUCUCCAUUUUUAGCAUUUGGCAUCCUCAUGAUACUUUUAUAAAUAUGACAUUAAUAGGAGAGCAAUAAUAUGAUUUUACAGAUGAAAUAACAGAUUUGCCUGCAUUCACUGAAAGAGUACACAUAUUGGUCCUUCAACUGACUCUUCCAAAUUGUAUGAAUUUAUCAAGGUAUUGGAUAAACCCAGUUUCAGAAUGAUAAAGAAAAACUGUUAGACCAAAUGGUGUGGCUAAUUAACAGUGGUACAGUUUCUAAAUACCGCUCUUUGUGUAGGGAUUUUGUCCUAUGUUUCAGAAAAAGCUAAAAAGAAUGGAAAUCCUAUGACAAUAACUUAAGUGUUUCUUCAAAGCAUGCAGUCUUUGCAAUACCUCAUUCAGUCAAGUAUUUGUUCUCUUCCUCAUUCAAUAUGAGGCAGCUUUCAAUUUGCUUAGAAGGCAACAUUAGAAGGUUAGAGAUCAUCAGAAAUAUAAAAUUUGAAAAUGUGAGUUCAACUGAAUGAAUUUGAAUUUCUGUUAGAAGAAUCAAAGUACCUAUUUAAAGAUUGCAAUAUAUGGUCAUUAUUUUUAAAGUUUUUGAUUAAACCUGAUAGGUUUUCCAGAAAUGAAAAAAAAAUCAGUUCUAAAACCAAAGCUGAUAUUUAGAAAAUGUGAAAAGGUACAUCAGCCCUAUCCAUAAUAUAGUUUCUCUAAAACUUUAUCUUACAGAGUCACUUUAAAAUAAUAUAACUAUUCAAAAAUAUAACUGCUAUCUUAAUGUUUUGAAAUAAGUUUAAGUAUGUUAAAAUGUGAAUACUGUAGUUUAAUAGAAAGAACCUGGGAGAAGGAAAAGUAGAGAAAGAAAUGCCAAUUCCAAUGCCAAGCUUUAUUUGCCGAGUUUUCUUAGAAUGACUUUUACUAAUUUGUGAAUUUCUGUCAACAGAAUGUAUAAUGGAAAUACUGAAAGACUGUUGUCUAAAGUGCCAUUAUUGACUGCUACUGUGAUGCUACUGUAAUGCAAUAAGUUAGGAAAUUGUUGCAAAGUGCUGUUUUUGCCAUAAAAUUUUGUGUGUCUUGGAAACUA